GGAAGAGUUCAGGUAGAAACAGCUGCUCACCUGGUCAAGCUGUUGGACUCACCUGUUCAGAUCAAGACAUCAGGUUGGUGGGAGAGGCCAGCCGAUGUGCUGGGAGACUGGAGAUGUUACAUGAAAAAGAGUGGAGACCAAUGGAUGUUUGGUAUCUUUACUUGGACAUGAAAUCAGCUGCUGCAGUUUGUGCUGAACUGGACUGUGGUUCUGCUGUUUCAGCAAGAAAUUCAAAGGAAACUUCAGAGAGACCAGUUUGGUGGAUCAGCUCUGGCUGUUGGCAGUCAGGAUCUGGAUUAAAGAACUGUGUACCUCAUGAUAUGAACAGUGAUCAGAGCCAUGAGCUCAUCUGCUCAGACUCAGUCAGGCUGGUUCAAGGGACCAACCGGUGCUCAGGCAGACUGGAGGUGAAGACCAACCAGUCGUGGUCCUCAGUGUGUGAAAAAGACUUUGACCUGCAGGAUGCAAAGGUGGUCUGCAGGGAGAUUGACUGCGGGUCUCCUUCAGUCCUCCAGGGGGCGCUCUAUGGAGAAGCAGAGGCUCCAGUGGGGAGCAGAGAGUUCCUGUGUGAAGGCAGUGAGUCUGCUCUGCUGAACUGCAGCAGCAGGAAGAGUUCAGGUAGAAACAGCUGCUCACCUGGUCAAGCUGUUGGACUCACCUGUUCAGCGCCCAUCAGGUUGGUGGGAGAGGCCAGCCGAUGUGCUGGGAGACUGGAGAUGUUACAUCAAGAAGAGUGGAGACCAGUGCAUGUUUCGUCUCAUUACUGGAACAUGAACUCAGUUGCUGUAGUUUGUGCUGAACUGGACUGUGGUUCUGCUGUUUCAGCAAGAAAUUCCAAGGAAGCUUCAUACAGACCAGUUUGGAGGAUCAUUUAUAACUGUUUGCUUUCAGGAUCUGCAUUAAAGAACUGUUUACCUGAAGAUGGAAACAGUGAUCAGAGCCAUGAGUUCAUCUGCUCAGGUCUGCUGGUUGAGCCGCUCAUCUUCCUCUCUUCCUCCACUGACGGGGUUUCCACAGGCAGAAAGCAGGGGUCUGAGCUCCUCAUUGGCUCAAGUUUCAGCAUCAUGUGCUCCAUCAGACCUCAGUAUGAAGGCGGCUCCUUCCAGCUCAUCUUCAGCACCUCUAACUACACUCAGAACCACACCCUGCCAGCUGUUAAUCACUCCGCCCUCUUCCUGUUCUCUGCUGCUGGCCACGCCCACCAAGGAACCUACCGCUGCGUUUACCACGUCUACGUUUUCUUCUAUAACUUCUCCUCUAUGAGCCAGCCUCUCAACCUCACUGUCUCAGGCAAAGUCAUGGAGUCCAUCAGGAAAAGUUCUGCUUCAGUUUCAGUCUCUCUACCUGCUUUGAUCAUCAGUCUGGUUUUUGUCCUACUGGGUUUGCUGGGAUCAGUCCUGGUCCUCUACUUUAAGGCCAGGAGAAACCAGAUGUCUGGACCAGAAAACAACCUCCUCCAUGAUGAAGGAUCCAGAGCUGAAGGCAGCUUAGAAGAGGAGACUGCAGUCUGAAGGAACCAGGAGAAAAGGAUCUUCAUUUCACAUCCACAGGAAGGAGCAGAGAGAUGUUUCAGACUCCUGGAAUUCUAUCCGUCUAUCCAUCUAUGAUAAAAUGUCUCUGUGCUCCUGCAGCACGAAAGAAGUUCAACAUUCAGAAAUUUGUAUCUGGACUAAAACUACUUAAGUAAAACUUAUAUAAGAAGGGAACACAAAACAUCCAACAAACAACAAAUAACAGAAAACCCACUUCAUCAAAAUCCGAUCUUCAUCAACCUUGCAAGGAUAGCAUAUUAUAGGAUAUUUGGGGUCAAAGGUCAGGUAGCCACUUCCAUUCAGGCCCUGAACUCAGCUUGUGUCCUUGUCUUAGUUGGGGUUAUGAAUUGUGUGACAAAUGCAAUACAGUUCAUCCUGGCUUGUAAUACAAUGUCCUGCCUGUAGGUGGUGUUUGUCAUCACUGCCAUAAUAACCCAUCCAAUACAUCCAGUUCCCACAAGUCUGAACCAGAUGCGAUCCAUCUUAGUAGUGAAGUGCAUGUACAAUGCAUAGUGGACCCAUGGCUUCGAGAUCAUGGCUUUGUAAAGGAGAUACAAACUCUGUGUGAAUAAUGAGGUUCUGGUGACUCGCAGACCAAGUACAUGUAGCAACAAACAUGCAGCAACAAACAAAAAGAAAACAUACAGACACUCUUGACCAAUAUUGUGAAAACUGGUACAGAGUGGUGAGAUCUUUCCAGGUAUAUGCAGAAAAUGGAUCAUAAAGGCCUGAGAGGCAUAAAUAAUCUUGCAUUUUGAUUUACUGUUGAUUAAAAACAUAUAUAUUCUUGUAUUUUAAUUACUGAUUGAUU